UCAACUUUCCAUCAUAUCAAAUUGGGUUUCUAGAUUUGGACUAAGAUCAUUGUGGAUGAGCGACUUUCAAUAGAGUCCAUGUGGUGCGAUAGAAAGGAAAAGUUAUUGAUGGGGCUUAUAUUCACACAUAAAUUGCCGAUGUAAUUGCUGCGCAUGGUUCAUAAUUGUUUAUAUCAGUUGUGGCUAUGUCACGCAAGUCUGCAAGGUAUAUCCUGUUGUUUGCUGUCGAUGGAGUUCACAUAUAAAUGCAAGGCGGAUCAUAUUGUUAAGGAAGAGGCUCAGUUUCUUCGCUUAGCAAUGGGGCAUGAGAAUGAAUCCCUUGAUGAGUUUGUUGAAGCACACAAAAUGUGCUCAAACGAUAUCAUGUACUUUCCUACCCGGAAUGGUUAUGGUCUCUGUAGUGUUGCUGGAAACAUGGAGAAGCUCGCUGCCCUGCAGAAUGAAUUUGAGAAUGUGAAGAAGAAGAUGGAUGAUGAUACUAAGAAAGCACAACGCCUUGAGCAGAAGAUAAAACUUCUUACCAAUGGUUAUCAGAUGCGAGCUGGGAAAAUUUGGUCACAAAUCGAGACCACCUUCAGGCAGAUGGAGACUGCUGGAACAGAACUUGAGUGCUUCCAAGCCUUACAAAAGCAGGAGAAGCUAGCUGCAACACACAGGAUCGAUGGCCUCUGGGAAGAAGUUCAGAAGCAGAAGGAACUUGAGCAAAUCUUACAGAAACGUUAUGGUAACCUUAUAGUGGAGCAAGGGAGGAUUCAACUACUCAUUGACGAGUAUAGAAUACAAGAACAAUUGCAAGAAGAAAUUGAGGCAAAAAAUCGUGCUUUUGAGCUCGCUGAGGCCGCUGCAAAUCAUACUGUUGCUUCAAGCAGGGAAAAUAUUGAGUCUGGUUGUGCCUCAGAAAUGCUUGGGAACUCCAUGGUACUGGACUCAACUCACAAAGAAACUUCAAGUCAACAGAUAGAUGAUGCUCAAGAACAAGCUCGUGUGAGCCCGAAACAUGGCAUGGAUGUCGAUGCAGUUGAUGUAACAGCAAACCUGGCAAUGGAUGAUGUAUCUCACACCAUACCAUCAGCUACCGGAGAACCUUCUAUUGCUCGCGAACAAAGUGAAAAAUCGGUAGGUAAUAGCUCUGAAGGCUUUGACUUUGCUGAUAAUACUCAAUUCUCUGGUGCGGAUGGAAAUCAACUCGCUGCAGUUCUUGGUCAACCUUCUCUUGAAAAAGGAGAUAGUCAUUUUGACAUUAUUGACACACAGGAGGAUAAGAGGACCAAUGACUCCAAUGGGAUUUUUGGUGAGAGUUUAGGUCAUAAUGAAGAUUUCAGAGAGGACAUGGCAGUUGAGGAUCAGCAGAAUGUUGCGGAAGACAGUAUGCCGGGUGUUGUCUUGACUAAACCAGAAGAUAUUGUGGAAGAAAUGGCUGAAGAUGGUUAUGUUUCUAAAGGGCCAGAAGAGACGGGAAAUUUAGAUGCAUAAAAGACCAGCUCUCGAAUGUUCAUGACAUCGCAAGGGGUGGAAGUAACCAUAUUUAUUUUAGUAGCGUGCUCGCUUGUACCUGAUGUGAUGAUUGAGAGGUGAGCUCCGGAUACUGUUUCUGUUAUGCCUCCGUUAUGCCAGACAGAUGCCUACUUGUGCUGUUUUGUGGCAGGAUGAAACUGGAUACAUGGAAUUAAUUGCUUGUUUUGCCUGCUGAAAUUUACAAGCAAACUCAAUGAUGGAUUCAAACUUUGUAUUUUGUAUUUUGUGCGGUACUAUUGUUAUUAGAUGGAGGAAAUUUUGUGGGAGGAUUAUACACCUGUUUAGGACACUGUUUUCCAUUUCAUCAGAUAUAAUUUGUAGAGUAUAA